GUUCUGCCUGUUGCUCAACAAUCAUUCAACAUCCGUUGGCCGACUAGCACCUUAGCACUUAGCACUAAACAAUCAUCAUCAGACAGUUUCCGGUGUGUGCUUGUUCUGGGCUUAAAUUCUACAGAGUUCAAAGUGUGACAAAUCCGACAGUGAAGGUGACAAACAUGCUCUUUAAGCUACACGUGUGCUGUGCUGUGGCGCUCCUGGCGCUCCUCAACUGGACCGAGGCGCUUCCGGUCAAGGAACAGGAAGUAGAGGAUUUAAUGUACAAACUGCAACAGCUCAAGCAACUGAACGACGGUUCACAGCACCAGGGUCACAACAAAGCAGGAGAGGAAUUAAACAGUUUGUCCCUCACUCCAAACGAAAUGAUCGCUAAGAUAAAACGUUCGCUCAACAAUUCGGACCGCCGGGCCCUGCUGAACAGCUACUUUGCACGCGGUUUGGCCCCGAUGUAUGAAAAGCGCAACUUCGACGAGAUCGAUCGCUUCUCAUCGUUCGGCGGUAAACGCAACUACGGCUUAAUUGACCAGUACGAAACGCCGUCGAUGGGCAAACGUCAGUUCGACGAGAUCGAUCGGUUCGCUUUCCGACCUAAGCGUCUCUUGCGGGAGAGGGAAGAGUUUGGUGGUGGAUCACCCAAUCAUUUGAAGAGAAACGGCAAACUCGCGGACGAAAUGUCUGUCAUCAAUGAAUAUUCGCAGUAAAAACAACAACUAACUAGAAUCUGAUCACAUGGCACAAUAAUUGGGAAGAUGGAUCAAGUGAGUCUCAGUAUGUUGGCAAUCAAAAUCGUCGUAUCGAAGAUAGAAGAAUCAGUAACGCAAUGGUAAUAUUAAUAAUAAGCAGCGACUGGAAUUGGAACGAACAGUAUUACUGGUAUUACUACCCUCUACUAAACUUCCUAGUAAAACACGUGCUGUUGUGAAUUUUAAAAGCAGUUUCAUGUGGCUAUAUCGCAAAACAAAUGGUUACAUCAAAAUAAAUUACUUUAAAAAAGAACUUUACGAAACACUGAAUUGAAAUAAAUGCAAGUUAUGAGAAGUUGGUUCAUCUAAUACCGUAUUUGUUUAUGCCGAGUGUUGCACUAGUGUUGCACUGGUGCACCACUAGGUGCUGUCAAACUGUUUGUUUAUUCGGACGGUGUUGCACUGGUUUUGAUCUGUCGGAGUUCUGCUUACGGACGGUGGCCCACCGAUAAUUUUGCCAGUGUUGCGAGAGAGCGUGUGAGUGAGCGAGGUAGCAAUACACUGGCGAGGAUUUGUGUUUGUUUUUAUCGGGUACGGUGGAACACUCCACGAGUGGAGAAAACAAAUACAGUAUAAUAUUUCAGUCGCAGUUAUUAGGAUAAAAGAAAGAAAACCCCGUUUUGCAAGCUAUUAAUCCGAUGAUUUAUUGAAUCUUUAUAGUGAUUGUAAACAUGAAAGUAAUGCUAAUGACAGUCGUUAUAGGACUUUUUGACACUAGUUUUUAAAGAAGUCUAGAUUUUUUUCCGGCGCGAUAUGUAUCUACUUCGGACACGCCGCGAGAUAUACAAACACCUGCUUGCUGCUUCUAUUGUACACGAAGCUUACGCAUGCUUCUCCCCGCACUUUGAGCAGCGUGCCUGAUUGCAGCAGUAGGCGGCCGUAUGAUCCAACUGCUUGCAAUUUUGGCAGAACAUGACCGAAGGCACAUAAAGCCUCACAGGUAGACGAACCUUCCCGAGCAUAACGUAAUCAGGAAGUGCAAUGCCGGAAAAGGUAACCCGAAAAGAGCUCGAAAGGGAAAAUGUCCGUUUUUCCCGCUCGCCAAAUGCUGAUUUAAGAUGACGCGCGUCCAGCACCUAGACCGUUGGAAGAGCAGAAUCCUUGAAUCGACCAACCCCGGAUUCCAUUAGGUCAUCAACGGUCAAAACCUUUUCAGUUACCACUCCGUCGAUUUCUACGUCACGAGCGGGAACGUAAACGCGGUUCUCGAUCGUAAACUUCGGGUCACAAGCAAUGGCAUUUGCUUUCUUCAAACUAUCAACACAGCUAUCAACAACAAUGCGCAUCUUGUGCGGUCUCAUCGGCUGGUAGCUAAUUAUGGAAGGAUAAGAUCGAUCAAGGUCCCGGGUGAUUGAAAUCACAUUGGGUGAUUUCCCAUUCGAUUUGGACCGGGUGUAAACUACUCAAGGUCCCGUCGAUUCAAGUUGGUGAAUGUUAGCAUAAAUAGUAAGCGUUGAUUUGUAUAAGCACCAAUAAAUCAUUCCAAGUUUGUACUCUGACCUGCUUAGACGCCCUUCAAUUCUAUCAGGUUGGUGAAUAGUUUCCAUAGUUACGGAAUCAACAAGUGAAAAAAAAUUCACACCAACGUGUUUCAAGAAGUUAUUUUUCCGAUACAAUUAUGAACCGUGAAGGAAGAAAUCGGUUACGGCGGAUGAUUUUCGGAACCGGGAUGAUGGUAUUCCUGAUAAUACCGGAAAUGGUCAAGAUAUUCAGCGCCUUGGAGGAAAUGGCAACCAGACCCGGGACGGACAAGCGGAUGGCCAGGUGGCCAGCUAUCCGACAUUACCAGGUGGUGGAGGUGUGGCCAUGCUAACAGUGGAGAAGCUGAAGGGUCGUGACAACUACGAUUCCUGGUAAUUUGCAAUGAGGAUGGUGAUGAUCAGAGAGGGUACGUGACGAGCAGUUAACCCUCCAGAAGGCACGCACGUGAACGAGGAUCUGUCUGAGCGAGCUUUGGCAACGAUUUGCAUAGAACCUUACAACUAUUUAUAGCUUGGUUCAGAAAGCUCGUACGGCACAAGAAGCGUGGAACAGUUUGCGAACCACAUUCCAGGAGAGCGGAAAGUGCAGGAAAAUUUGUCUACUUCGCAAGCUAAUGCGCCUGGAACUUGAAGACUGUUCAUCGCUGGAAGAGUAUGUCGACGAAGUCAUGUCCACAAAUCACAAGCUGGGUGAAAUUGGAUCUAACUUGAACGACGAGUGGUUAUCUCUUAUCUUGCUCAUGGGACUUCCGAAACGAUACGAGCCGAUGAUUAUGGGCCUUGAUGCAUCGGACAUCAAUCUAACAGCAGAUGUGAUCAAAUCCAAGAUACUGCAGGAUGUCACACUGGACCGAAAUUGCAGCUCUGGUUGUGCAGCUGGAGCUUUAGCAACUCACAUGAAAACACCUGGAAAGAAGGAAAAAUCAAAUGUACAGUGUUUUAAGUGCGAAAGGUUCGGGCAUUACGCUUCAGAAUGUCAGCAGAAGGUCGAACCCAAGGACGGAAGGAAACGUCCAAACCAGAUGGCGUUUAUGGUACAUCAGAAUCCUAAAAGCAAUGCGAAUGGUUGGAUUCUGGACUCCGGUGCAGGUCGUGUGUUUCCGAGAAGGCAAUUUUGGAUCCGAUGCAAGUGGACGAAUCGAUUUACGUUGCAGAUGGAACUGAAAUUUAUGCUGCUGUGGUUGGACGCGUAGAACUUACUGCUGAGACGAGAGGUUCGUAUACAGAUUUGAGUAUCUCUAACGUCUUAUGUGUUCCAGGAUUGGCAACAAAUUUGCUGUCAGUCAGUGAAGUCUGCAAGAAAGGCAUCCGAAUAAAUUUCACUAACGAGGACUGCAAGUUUGUGAAUACAUCCACGGAGGAUGUGGUCGAAACGGGUCGACUGGAAUAAGGACUUUACCAGCCCAAUUUACGCAAUCAGCGGUUAUGUGUUUCUUCAAAACGACGGUGCUGUUUCCUGGAAUUCAAAGCGACAAUCUACAGUAGCAUUGUCAACAACGGAGGCAGAGUAUAUGGCUUUGUCAACUGCAACCCACCAAGCGAUGUGGUGGCGAGGUUUUCUUCAAGAACUUCAAAAUGUGAGUGGUCCAAUUUUGAUUAACUGCGAUAACAAAAGUGCCAUCAGCUUAGCAGAACGAGAAGUCGGGUAUUCAGCAAGGAGCAAACAUCGAUAUCAGACAUCACUUUGUUCGGCAACAGUUGGAAAUUCAAGCUAUGAAAUUGGAACACGUUAGAUCGAAAAAUCAAGCAGCGGAUAUCCUUACCAAGGCGGUACCUGGUCCGAAGCAUGAAGAAGACAAGAAGUUGUUUGGUGUUUUACAAAUAUCCACUUAAGGGGGGAUGUUAGCAUAGUGAGCGUUGAUCUGUAUAAGCACCAAUAAAUAAUUCCAAGUUUGUACACUGACCUGCUUAGACGCUCUUUAAAUUCUAUCAGUAAACCCGACGGCGAGGAGCAGCUUGAGGCAACUCGUUAGCAUUUUUGAGAGGGGUUGAUGAUGAUGGGGGUAAAGAGACUACAUACAAAGGUUUACUAUAGGCUCGUUAAUGGGGGGUAUUCACUUGAGGAGUUGAAAAUGACUGGGAGUUGCAUAACACAGAGGGAAAUUCGGGAGAAGGGAUUUCAAAUUUGGCAUCUGGUGGGUUUUUGGUACGAGAAAUGUUUCUAAGAACAUUGGGUACCCCUCCCUCCUUUCAGUGGAGAGAAAGAAAGGGGAGAGGGGCAUAUAUGAAUUUUUUUACAUAACUCGAGAACUAAUCUAGAUAUUGGUACCACAUUUGGCAUGGGAGGGCAUUGGAACACAAGAAAUGUUUCUAUGGUUAGUUUUGACCCCUCCCUUUUCAGUGGGGAUAUAGAGCUGGAAGAUUUUCCAGAAACUGAUGGCAGCCCGCUGAAGCUUUGCGAACUGAACUUUUUUUUAGACGCGCUCAAUAUUCCUGUUUUGAGACCGGAUUUAGAGCUGCUGCUGCUACUGCCUAACUAACUACUACUCUUAGAGCCUUUUUUUAUUUUGAAUUAUAAGCUUGAUGCCUUCAGAACUCGGUUUGAUUCAUCCCUAAAUCAGUCCCUAAAUUUGAUGAAGAAAAAUGAAACAAAAGUGAUACGAAUUACUAAUAAAUCAUACCUAC